ACUUGAACACAUACUAUUGUUCGAUAUUUUAUGAAACUGGAUUCAAACUCGAUUAGAGAAAAAUGAAAAAAAAAAUGAUUUAAGACAAUCACUCGAACUCUGGUUCGACUCAGUUAAAAAUCGUUCGAACUCGACUCAGUUACUUCUUAAACAAAGCUGGAUUAAAAUUGAGAAAACUUAAAAAAUCAAUCAUACGUUGAUUAUACCCCUAAUCUUCCUAAGAAAAGUAUCAUAAUAUUUGUAAGUAAAAGUAUAUUGAUACAUCUUCGUAACAAAGAAAAGUAUAUUAAUAUUUCUAUCAUUCUUCUCUUCAUAAGAAAGGCAUCUCAAAUCAUUAAUUUUAUAAAUGUUCACCACACCAAACGCAAAUAAAAAAUUUGCAAUAUCACUUCACCUGAAUUACAUUACAACAAAACAAAAUGGGAAACAAAUCAUCAUCAAUCUUUAUACCCAGAAUAUUCCGUCGCCGUCGAAACCGAACUCCGGCAGCCGAAAUUUUCCCGGAAGAAAUCAUGGAAGAAAUCCUGUUAAGACUCCCCGUCAAGUCCCUGUUAAAAUUCAGGUGCGUUUCGAAAUCAUGGUGUUCAUUAAUCUCCAGCAACCGUUUCAUCAAAGCCCAUCUCAAAAUUUCAAUAAAAGACACCAACAACUUUACCCGUCAAAAUAUCAUUUCAACGUUUUCGCCUCCUGGUAAAAUUCUGAAGCAAUGCUCUUUGUCGUCAUUGUUUUAUGGGCUUGGGACGACUAAUGCAGUUGACGUCGACUUUCCGAUUAGAAAUCCCAACGAUUCGGUUCGUGUUGUGGGUUCGUGUAAUGGGCUCAUCUGCACAAUCUUGAACGAGAAACUUAUUUACUUGUGGAACCCAUCCACCAGGAAGUUCAAGAAACUGCCUAAUGCAGAUGAUAGGAUUAAAGUUAUCAGCAAGUAUGGAUUUGGAUUUGAUGAGUGUAAUGAAGACUACAAGGUUUUGGUAGUUGUGUCUAGUUUUUGCAUUGGGGGUGGAUUUGAAACUAUGGUGAAAAUUUAUAGUUUGAGGACUAAUUCUUGGAAAAGAAUCGAGGAUCUUGCGCAUGAUUGUUUAUUCGGUAGUACCGGGAAGUUUGUGAGUGGAAAGCUUCAUUGGGUUAGAAGAAGCGGACCUAACCAUUCCGCGAGGUGGGAUAUUGUUUCGUUCGACUUGGGGAGUGAGAUAUGUGGAAGUGUGGCGCUACCCCAUUAUUUCGGAACCGGUUCUUCCCCAUCAUUGGAAGUGCUCGGUGAAUGCCUUUGUGUGCUCGGUCAUAUCCCUAAAAUCGAAAUGGUUGUUUGGGUUUUGAAGGAGUACGGGGUGACAAAUUCUUGGGCAAGAAUAUUGAGGGUGACAAAUUCUUGGGCAAGAAUAUCGAGUGUUUCUUAUGGUAGACGUAGUAACCUUCGUAGGGAAAGUCCAUUACUUACACCAUUUGGUAUUGGACAAGAGGGUAAAAUCUUGUUAAUGAUUGGAUCAAGGUUCAUGAUUUACAAUCCAAGAAAUAAUUGUUUUCGGCCUCCCAGGAUAAUGAACUUUGGUGGCUCCCUUGAACCGCCGCAUGUUUACUGCGAAAGUUUAGUCGAAAUUGUCUAAUUAAUAAUAAUGGUGAACCAUAGAAUCAAAACCAGAAAGAGCCAAAUCUGGAAUCAUCGAUCUCUCUGUUGCUGUUUUUUUUUUUUUUUUUUUUUUUACUCCUUUAUGUAAAUGAGCCAACAAAAUGUUAUCAAUACUAAUAAGACGGAGCUCUAUAUAUAUAUAUACACAAUUUGCUCAGGAAGAAUUGAUUAUGGAGAAGAAUAAAGUGUUUGUCUUGAUUGAAUAGCUCUUGCUUGUUUCGGUCCCAUGGUCUCUUGAUACU